AUGACAGCAUUUUUCCCCGGCUUCCUGAUCUCUGUGCUGCUGCUUUUUCAGGAGCAGGGAGUUAAUGGGGUCCCUCCUCAGCUGAGAGGUAAGUGAUGCAAAUGAGCUUGUCAGUCCUUUCCAUUCCACCUGGGCCAGCAGGCUGGGGCAACAGAGAAGGGAAUUAAAGCAUAGCAAGGUUUGCGAAUUGUGAGAAAAUGCAUGCAUGUUGGUUGGCUGAGAGUGUGGAUAUUCUCCUAGGGCAAGGACACUUGCAAGGCUCUCUUCUCUGUUACUGCUUGCUUCUUUAUUUUGGAAUUAGCAGCUGAGAUGAAGGCACACACACCUAGAUCUAACAGAGUAGCAGUAUUCAUUUUCCUAGUACACACAAGCAUCUGUUUUGUUCUCAGACUUUGCUUGUUUCAGAUCCCAGUACAAGAGAUUUCAUUCUUGAUUGGAGUGAGUCAGGUGCUUCUGUGGGGAAGAACAUCUUUUGAGAAACGAGUCAUUCAGCUAAGGUUGCAGUCCUAACCCCCAUUCCCUGGAAGUAAGCUUUUUUUUGGGAUUCAGUAAGACAUCUGAGUAUGGUUCUGCACUUAGGCAGAAAGUACCAGAUGCACAAAUAUAAGAUGGGGGACACCUGGCUUACUAGCAGGUACAUCUUCUCCAUCUUCUCCAUGGUAGGACGUAACAAAUCACCUGGCCAUUUGUUUUCUCCUUAGCUCAAUAGGGCAAAAGAAAUAGCUUUGCUCAGUGGCAGAACAUGCAGACAGUCCUACACCCAAUCCCCAGCAUCUCCAGGUAGGGCUGGGAGACAAACCCUGCAGAGCCACUGCCAGUCAGUGUAGACAAUACUGUGCUACAUGGACCCAUGGUUGAGCUCAGUAUAAGGCAUCUUCCUAUGGCUAUUCUUUGAAUGACAAUAGCAGUUCAAACAAGGGAUCUGAGAGCAGGAAUGUGAGUAGUUUGAGCAUGACCAUCCUUGAAAAAGAAUUUCCGUUCACACAGUUGUUACAGCUAAUUGUCUCAUCCAGAAAACCAUGGAUGCAGCAGAUAGACAUGUGUAGGCUAUGUCCAUAAGUGGCUACCAGGCGAGAUAAAGGUAAAGGUAAAGGUACCCUUGCCCGUACGGGCCAGUUGUGUCCUACUCUAGGGUUGUGCGCCCAUCUCACUUAAGAGGCCGGGGGCCAGCGCUGUCCGGAGACACUUCCGGGUCACGUGGCCAGCGUGACGAAGCUGCAGCUGGCGAGCCAGCACCAGUGCAGCACACGGAAACGCCGUUUACCUUCCCGCUAUAAAGCGGUACCUAUUUAUCUACUUGCACUUAAGAGUACUUUCGAACUGCUAGGUGGGCAGGAGCUGGGACCGAACGACGGGAGCUCACCCCGCCGCGGGGAUUUGAACCGCCGACCAUAUGAUCGGCAAGUCCUAGGCACUGAGGUUUUACCCACAGCGCCACCCGCGUCCCAGGCGAGAUACCUAAAGGGAAUUGUUAUCUCAGAGUCAAUCUUGCAUUGAAUACCAGUGAUUCCAUUGCCUUCCUGACCUGCUGUUUCUUGGGCUUCCCAGAAACAUUCCACAGUGCUUAGCAUAUUGUUACUAGGAAAAUGCCAAUACCUGCAUGCAGAAGUUCCUCAAUUUGAUCCCCAACAUUUCCAGGUAGGAUGAAGAUACACUCUGGUCUGAAAUCCUGGAGAGCUGCUGCCAGUUGGUGCUGGCAAUACUGAGCUAGAUGGAUCAAUGGUCUGACUCAGUAUAAAACAGCUUCCAGUGUGGAAUUUUUGGCUCUCCAGAUAGUGCUUAACUAUACCUAUCAUCAUCCCUAUUGGCUGUACUGCGCAGGGCCAGAGGCGCCAACUUUUAAGUAAGAUUGUGGGGGCCUGACAUGAGUCAUGCGUGCAACGUUGCGAGGAGUCAGGGGGUGGAGCCAAACGCAGCAGCACCACAGUCCCAGUGGCCAGCGGCUCCCAUCCCCCCCUUCCCCUGCCACACAAGGGCAACAGCAGCAGGAGGAGCUACGAGUCACUGAAGCUGCGCCACACCCGUCUCUGUGCUCACCCUCCUCUGCCCUCUGAACAAUGGCCAGCCUAACCCCCUCAAUCAAUCAAUCAAUCAAUCAAUCAAUCAAUCAAUCAAUCAAUACUGGGGAGCCCAAAGUGCUUCAACCUCUAGGAGUUGGUGCCUAUGGGUAGGGCUGAUGGGAGUUGGGGUCAAACAACAUCUGGAAGACCACCAAUUCCCCAUCCCUUCCGCUCUAGAUGAUCAGCACAAAGUAUCCUCUAAUCACAUUUUAGCUUUUCUGGGGGACUAGUCUCGUGAUCAAAAAGCAAUAAGAACAUUUCCAAUGUAGGAAAUCAUCUGCAUGCAUCAGGUAAGGGAGUUUUGCUUUCAGAAGGGGCCAGACAGAUGUCUCUGGCUUCUCAGGAGUGCACUAAGUUGAUAGCAAUCUCCUCUCCCCAGACACAGGUUGCUAUGAAGAAUCCUUCCUCUGAACAUGGAUACCUGUAAUGGUCAUGGGUGACAGACAUAGCUAACUUAGUUACAGGGAUGGUAAAGUAUGGUGGUCACUUCCAGGUCACUUCCUCACUCCUUCAUGAUGAUACCAUAUGAUGUCAUCUGAACAUAGGCAAUGCUUACAACCAAGAAAGACAACCCUAGAAAUUCCCCCAAAGCAUGUCCAAGUGUUUGGUUUUAGUACACCUUUCAGAUGAUGGUCUGAAAGAUUGCAAAGAUUUAUCCCAGUUCUCUUGAUUUCACUUAUUUAUUGGAUAGAACAGUAGCAAAAUGAAAUAAGGUUUUAAAAUAAGGAGGAUGCUAAGAUUGCAAUCCUGUGCCAUCUAUAUACCUGAGAUUCAACCUUACUGAGCUCAGUGGAGCUCACUUCCAAAUUUAGUUUUCUCAAGGCUGAAAAGGGCUCUUCAUUUUUUCACGCAGGUGUCCAAUGUAGGACAAGACCUACAGACCUGCUCUUCAUCGUUGACAGUUCCCGAAGUGUGCGCCCCAAUGAAUUUGAGCAAGUCAAGGUCUUCUUGUCCAAGGUCAUUGAGUCACUUGAUGUGGGACCAAAUGCUACACGGGUUGGCGUCAUCAACUACGCCAGUGCAGUCAAGAAUGAAUUGUCCCUCAAGACUCACCGUACCAAGGCCAGCCUGCUGCAAGCUGUUCGCAAGAUCGAACCACUCUCCACUGGGACCAUGACAGGCCUGGCUAUCCAGUUUGCAAUCAACAGAGCAUUCAGUGAGGUCGAAGGCGCCCGAGUGAGAUCUCCAGAGAUUAACAAGGUAUGGAAACUGUGUGGACUUGCAAGAACCCUUGUGCCUCCUGUUUGCUUUCUAACCUUUCUUGCAAAAAUAUAAGCUUGGAUAAAUAGUUCCUGCCAAAUGGAAUAAGCAGGCUAUCUAGGCAGAUAUGGAGGGGGCUGAUUUUAUGCUGUAUCUGGAGCUGGGGGAGAAAUUUGAUUCAGUUUGGAUUUAAAAGUGAACCUAGCUAAUUCACAGUUCCUGAAACAAUAUGGGAACCAAAACGCAUCCAUAUUUCAACAUUUGGACUUCUCUGAAUUUUGCAAUCAAGUUCUCCACUUAAGCAAUGUGUAUAAUAAUUCCUGCACUGGGAUAAAUGCAUUAUUUUAGGGGGAACUGCUUUGCAAAAACCUGUAUACUAGGAGGACUAAAAUCCUGAUGACUUUUCAUGAGGACUUCUUUUUUAUUUUUAAGAAUCACAUACUGGUGUGGCAAUGUGGAGAAUGCAGCUUAAGAAUGGGAAAAGGAAAAACUGGAACUGAAAUUGACACAUUUGCUCAUUCCUGGCUGUAUCCCUACUCUACACUGCUUUGAAAUUGUGGGUUUAAGUGGUAUAUAAAUUUAAAAAAUGAAGUUGUAAGUAGAAAAAGAAAAAAAUAAAGAAAGCAGCAAGCAACUUCUAGGAUGAACUUUGCUUUCUGUACAUUUUUGAAAAAUAUAAGCUUGGAGAGACAGCUGACAAAAUAAAACAAAAUAUGCAGAACCACUUCUGUUUUCUGCUUAUCCAAUUAUUUCCUAAUUUCAGCUCCAGGCAGACUCCCCUUGCCAAAAGCAACCUGGGUUUUUCUUAUCAGAAUGGCCCUUAUGUAGAACAAGGUAAAAAGUACGCCUAAGUCAGGCCACAGCUCUGCUUGGGUUUUUAAUGUGACCCUUCCAUGGAAUACCAGUUUUGUUAGGGGUGGGUCAUAGUUCAGCGGUAGAACAUGUGCUUUGUGUGCAGAAGGAAGGCUUCACAUUCAAACACAGGUAGCAGGUGCUGGGCAAGCGUUUCACCUCAUCUCCAUGCCAAUGGAGCAAAUUAGGGGUGUGGAGUCUUUGACCCUUCAGAAGUCACUGAACUCCAACUUCCAUCAUCCUUGACCAUUGGCCAUGUUGGCAGGGGCUGAUGGGAACUGGAGUCCAACAAUAUCUGAGAGCCUAUCUCUAUCACUGGAGUAGACUAGCAGCUCAACUCGGCACGGGGCAGCUUCAUGUUUCGCUUUCUGAAAAAGCUGGAAAGACAUUUGAGUGGAGCUCUGGAAUGUCAUUAAAUUCAGAUAUCCACAGAAUCUGUCCAAAAAAGACCCCCCUGAUGAGCUCAUCUGAGCAGUUCAAAGAGAUGAUUUUCUGGGCACAAUGGUUGUUUUUAAGUCCAGUCUUCCAAUUAGCAUUUGGACUUCUUUUUAAAAAGUAGUUCUGUACAAGUUAUCAUGGAAAAACCUAAUACGAGUACAGGGAGGUGAGAAAAAAUGGGGAAGUGAUAAGCUAGGAAAUGGGAUAAGAUGAAACAGUAGCUGUUUACACAGGGCUAAGUCAGGCUAUUUUGGUGCUGUGAGGGUGAGCUACCAAAAACAAGAGCACAGAAAGCUACUUUAUAUCAGCUACUUUGACUCAGCAUUGCGUACACUGACUGGUAGCAGCUUUCCAGGGUUUAAGGCAGAAGACAUUCCCAACCCUAGCUGGGGACACCAAGGAUUGAACCCUUUGGCAUGCGAAACAUGCACAAAACAAGCCCUCCAGCUCUCCAGCUGCGGAAGAGAGUGACUUGUAAUCAGGAGCACUGUGCCCAGGGAGGGGAACUAUGCCUAUGGGAAGGUCGAAAGCUGAACAUGAACGCAGCAGGAAUUCUCCCCUCUUGAGACUUCCAGGUAUUAGCCCCCACCCCUGCCAGCUUCUUGCUUUGCAAGACAGGAGCAGAAGAACAACCCCAUGAUUUGGAAACAGGCAGCCAAGAUAUCCUUUACACAGAUUGGCAUCAAGUUGCUCUCUUGAAUAUGAUAUAAAAACUCUGCCCCAGUGAGGUCUGCUGUACCAUUCUGAUUCUAUUUCCCCACCUCCUUGAUCCUGAAAUGUUUAGGUUGAUUUUUGUCCAGAAGGUGUUGUAUAUACAAAUAUGUAUUUGGCUUACAAGAGAUGCCUAUUUGCCAUUCGUUUGUUUGUUUGUUCAUUCAUUCAUUCAUUCAUUCAUUCAUUCAUUAUUUCCCUUUCUUCCCCCAAUAUUAUUUGUCUACCACCUCUAGCAUAAGAAAAGGAUGCCACAAAUCUUAGUUGUGCAGAAUUUAGAUAGUAAAAAGUGACAUCAUUGAGGGGUCACCCCUAGAUCUCAGUUUUGGGCCCUGAAAUCUUUGGGAUGCUCCUGACCAUUUAUCCAGUGUGCAUUUGAGUGGAUAGGGAGAAGCUGCUGCCACCAUUGCCAUUUUUAAAAUUAAAGUGUGGAGCAGAGGUAGCAGUGGACAACUUGGCUAGAAAAGAGACCUCCUGGAGGUGGUUGGAGGAUGGAUGGCAGCUAAUGGAUUGAGGUUGAAUCCUGACAAGACAGAAGUACUGUUCUUGGGGGACAGCGGCAGGUGGGUGUGGAGGACUCCCUGGUCCUGAAUGGGGUAACUGUGCCCCUGAAGGACCAGGUGCGAAAGCCUGGGAGUCAUUUUGGACUCACAGCUGUCCAUGGAGGCAAUUCUGUGUCUACCAGCUCCAUCUAGUACGCAGGCUGAGACCCUACCUGCCUGCAAACUGUCUCACCAGAGUGGUGCAUGCUCUAGUUAUCUCCCACUUGGACUACUGCAACGCGCUCUACAUGGAGCUACCUUUGAAGGUGACCUGGAAACUACAACUAAUCCAGAAUGUAGCAGCUAGACUGGUGACUGGGAGCAGCUGCUGAGACCAUAAAACACUGGUCCUGAAAGACCUACAUUGGCUCUCAGUACAUUUCCAAGCACAAUUCAUAGUGUUGGUGCUGACCUUUAAAGCCCUAAAUGGCCUUGACCCAGUAUACUUGAAGGAGCGUCUCCAUCCCCAUUGUUCUGCCCAGACACUGAAGUACAGCUCCGAGGGCCUUCUGGCAGUUCCCUCACUGCGAGAAGCAAAACUACAGGGAACCAUGCAGAGGGCCCUCUCGGUAGUGGCGCCUGCCCUGUGGAACACCCUCCCAUCAGAUGUCAAGGAAAUAAACAACUGGAUGGAUGGCAGAUGGGCGGGGUAAAAAUAAAUUAUUAUUAUUAUUAUUAUCCUUUGGAUGAGAUGGGAAUUGCACCAGUUGCCAUCACUCAUACGAUCAUUGCCUUCUUUAAUUGCCGUCUUUAAUUCACUUGGGGAGUAGGAGAACAACUUUGCAGCUGGCUCUGUGCUUCCUUGGCUGGAGAAGAGUCAGCUUUGGUUAUGAGAGGAAAGGGAACUUGAUAGAAGGAAUAACAUGUGGUUGCCCAGAAAUGCUUUUAUUUAUUUAUUUUUACUUCCACUCAGUACAAACUCAAGUCACUUCUUAAGCAAAACUGUCAUUUCAGAAGUAAUGCUGCUGCCAUAAUGCCAUCGCUCCUGGCUCGCUUUUCAUUUAAUGUAGCAAGGGUCUUGCAUUGUGAAGUUAAUGUAGUGUAAGUGGCUUUUUUUAUAGCUGAGUUAUAGAUACAACCAGUGCUUUUUCUUUCUUUCUGGGGGUACUCAAGGGUACACAGCAUCUUUUUUCCCCCUAGAAGAAAAGCACUGGUUAAAAGUGUGGCAGUUACUCUAACAACUUCACAGUGAGUAUUGACACAUUUUAUUCUGGAAGACAAGAGAUGGGAUACAACUCUUCAAUUAUGUCUCACAGGAGGCUGACUUAAACUGAAUCAGACUAUCAAUCCAUCUAGGCCAUGGGUAGGCAAAUUAGAGCCCGGGGGCUGGAUCUGGCCCAAUCGCCUUCUAAAUCCGGCCCGCGGAUGGUCUGUGAAUCAGCGUGUUUUUACAUGAAUAGAAUGUGUCCUUUUUAAAAAAAUGCAUCUCUGGGUUAUUUGUGGGGCAUAGGAAUUCGUACUUUUUCUUUUUCUUUUCCCAAAAUAUAGUCCGGCCCCCCACAAGGUCUGAGGGACAGUGGACAGGCCCCCUGCUGAAAAAGUCUGCUGAUCCCUGAUCUAGGCUAAUGUUGUCUGUACUUCCUGGCAGUGGCUCUCCAGGAUUUAAGAGAGGAGUAUCUCUUGGAAGUACUGCCUUGGAGAUGCGGCUUAUUGAACCUGGGACAUUCAGCAUGCAAAGCCCUUCUCUGGAUGGCCAUUCAACCUUCAGUGAAGCAGAAGUGGUGAUUCUCCUUCACUGGGUUUUUUUAAGAAGAGGUUGGAAGAUCACCUGUUAUGGAUUCCUUAGCUGUAGUUCCUGCAUUGCAGGGUGUUGGACUAAGUACCGUUGGGGUCCUUUCCAGCUCUGCAGUUUUAUGAUUCUGUGAUUCUCUAUGAGACUAAGCUUUGCAUGGAGUAGACCUGCUGAAAUUAAUGGACCUAAGUUUUCCACGUCCAUUAAUUUCAGUGAGCUCACACUGAGCAUAUGGCUAACACUAGACGCAGCUCCAAGUUAGCUGAGUUAAACUUCAGUCAUGUUGAUUUUAAUAAGAACAAAGUUCAGCUCAAUCUGCAUCCAGCUCAUUGCCUUCUAUGUCCAUUUUGGUGAUGCCAGAUUCUUCCUGUGCCAUCCCUGCUCCAUAAAACCUUAAUACUUGAACCUAAACAAGAGUGAUGUGUUGUCUGCAUUUUGGUGAAACCCAAGAGCAGAUUCUUAGGUGGAUUAUUUUUGAAACGUGGAAAGCAGCUUCCAGUCUGUUUUCAGGUUUUCAUAACCUGCAGGGCGAAACAUUCCCAGACUGUAUUAUUUUCCCUUUUUACAGGGAUAGAAAAGGUGCCGAAAUAAAGAUAUUGUUACAUACAGUUGAAGGGGCCUUUUAGCUUGCUGAAAGAAACUCUGUGGACUGUGGAGGUCUUUGUCCUUUAGGAGAGCAAAAGAGCCCCAUCUCGGCUGACAACCCCUUGCCUUUAAACCCCUCGAGUUUAAAUUUCACGGUGAUAUGGAUUAAGUGUAUUCCAAGCCAUUAGGUUUAGCAUAAUAUCGUUUUAUGAAAAGACAAUAUACAGAAUUGUGUCUGCCAGGUUGGCCAUGUGUUCUACUUUAGAGAGGACAGCCCUCUGUUCAGAGGCAUCCUCUAUUUGAAAGGCUGCUCAUUUCAAGUCCACCUUAAACUUAAAGAGCAGGAUUAUGCACAGCUCUCCCCUCCACCCCCGCAAUCUGGUUCAGGGUUCAAUCUACUGUUUUGCAGUAGCCCCAACAUGACCUGGGACAAUCCAGGGAUGAACCAAUACAGAUCCGGGCCCCAAAUCAAUUUGGGGGGCUUUGCAGAGUCAUACAGCAGUGAGGGCAAAUGGGACUGUGGAAUUCUGGCUAGCUCAGAGAGUAUUGCAUUUGACUUUGCUGUUUUCCUCCAACAGUGGAAAUAGAACAAAGCCACUGUGGCAAGCUGCUGUUGCCAACUCUCUCUCUGUCUCUCCCCUGGCCCCAUUUUCUGGCAUGGUUUCUAUGCUCACAGCUGCACCAUACAUUUAAAAUACACUUAUACCACUUUAACAGUAAUAGAGAAUACUGGGAACUGUAGGUUGCUGGGCUUUCUGGGAAUUGUAGGUCUGUAAAGUCAGUACCCUUAAGAAACUAUAGCUCUCAGGUUUCUUUGGGGGAAUCCAUGACUGUUGCAGUGGUAUAAAAGGUAAAGGGACCCCUGAUCAUUAGGUCCAGUUGUGACCGACUCUGGGGUUGCGGUGCUUAUCUCACUUUAUUGGCCAAGGGAGCCGGCAUACAGCUUCCGGGUCAUGUGGCCAGCAUGACUAAGCCGCUUCUGGCAAACCAGGGCAGUGCACGGAAACGCCGUUUACCUUCCUGCCAGAGCGGUUCUUAUUUAUCUACUUGCACUUUGAUGUGCUUUCAAACUGCUAGGUUGGCAGGAGCAGGGAUCAAGCAACGGGAGCUCACCCCCUCACCGGGAUUCAAACUGCUGACCUUCUGAUCGGCAAGCCCUAGGCUCUGUGGUUUAACCCACAGUGCCACCUGCGUCCCUUACAGUGGUAUAAGAGGGCUUUAAAAGUAUGGCAUGGAUGUGACCUACGCCCAUAGCAAACAUAGGCUUACAUAAGAAAUUGAACAGGCUCUUUGAACUUUGUGGCUCCUUUACCUAAAGGCUAUAAAGAGAUAGAUGGAAAUUUACGGAAGGAAUAUCCUGGAAAGAUCCAGGGGGAAGGCAGCUCCUUAGAAGGCUACAGUCCUUAUGAUGAAUGUGGAUAUACUAUUAGUAAACUGCUUUUUCCUGUGUUGUAGGAUGUGAAGGAAGUUGGCUUUUUCCUUAGCUGCAUGAGAUUUCAACACCCAGAAGAAAUCUUUCUUUAAAAAAUUGGUCUGUUUUCAGACCUGUGCCAAAAUGAACUGGAAAAAGUGACAAGACCCAGAUUUACCUGACCUGCCAAGAGUUUGAUUCCCUUCCCUCCACCCCCCUUUUCCUUUACGUGUUGUGUUUUUUUUUAAUCACGUAAGCCAGCAAGCAGGGGGAAGUCUCAUUUUAACUCUGUAAGCCACUCUGGAAAGCUUAAUGGCACAUGCUCUAAAUAAAUAGUAAAUAAAUUGCAAUAUUUUUGGAGGUCGGGUUGAAACUGCUGUGUAAAAGUCUGUCAUAUUGUGGAAGGCUGAUUUUGAUUUGUUUUAAUCGACAAGUUGAAAACCACCCCCACCUCUCUCUCACACACAUUCUGUGUGCAAGGGAAGCCCCUCUACUCCGUGUCUCCCCCACCCAAUUUGUUAAAUAAAUGGCUCUCUCUUCUGGCAAACAAGGGGCAUUGCACUGAGUGCUAUGAUCCUUGUUCAGUUUUAAGGAGCAAAAUACAGGGUACAUUGUAGCCAUAUGCGAUGAAGCCUUGAAUACAACGCAAAGUGCCUUUGGGAAGUGUGAUUUUGCAUGUAAGAAGGGACAGGACAGGAAAGAGUGCAUAACCCUUCCCCUGCCAGUUGCUUUCAACUUGAAACUAAGGGUUCAUCUACAAUAGUGGCAUGCAGUGAAAUUUUUCAGAGGGGAACAGUUAGAGCCAGAGGCUCCAGCUUGUGAGGAUGAUUAGGGGCUCCCCGGCAUCAUGCGUGUGAUGUUCUGACAUCACACACAUGAGCAUUGCACCUCCCUCCCUAAGCUGGGCAGAAGCUUCCCGGGGCUUUCGGAAGAAGGUGCUAGGCUUUAAUACUUUAGGGGACUAGCCUAGACCCCUAGUCCACUGACUGCACAAAACUGAUUCACACUUAGCUUUUGUCCCAUGCUGUGUAGGCACAGGUCCAUGCUUUAAAGCUGUGUGUCUGAGUGCAUAUAUAUAUAUAUAUAUAUAUAUAUAUAUAUAUAUAUACACAUAUGCAAGGUAAAUAUUGUCUGGAGGACUUAGAAGGCUUAUAAACACACUUUCCAAGAAACCAAAAACCACGUGACCGAAGACUAAACAAGCAAAGUGACUGAGCAACGUGGGGUCUUUGGUUUAAGCAGGUUUAACUCGUGUUUGCAUUUCUAUCUGGUGAACCAUUGGCAUCCUGAAAGCAUGUGGCUGCUCUCAUUUCUAAUUCUUAUAACAUAAAAUUCCAACAUAUGACUAUUUCUCUUGUCUCCAAAGGUUACUAAGGCUGAAUCCUGCACUCCCUCACAUGCACAGUUGGAUUUGUAAAAUAUUCUGCUGUAAAAACUAAAUAUAGCUCUUUCAUAAUAUAUGCAAUGGUGUGUGUUCCUGGUGGUGUAGACUCAAUAACUUCUGUGAUUGAUUGUUUAUAGGAAAUAGGAUUAUUAUUGGUUCCAAUUAAAGGUUGAGCAAGCUGAGUAGAAGAACUGACUCUGAUAGCAUGAUGUGCUUCAGCAGGGGUCAGCAAACUUUUUCAGCAGGAAGGCAGUCCACUGUCCCUCAGACCUUGUGGGGGGCUGGACUAUAUUUUGAAAAAAUAAAUAAAUGCUGCAAGAGCACCACGAGCCCUGGUGGCUGCUUACCUGUGUCUUGCGAGAGGCAGGGAUUGGCAGCGGGAGCAGUGGGAUGAUGAGCGGCGCAUGAAAGGGCUCAGGAGAGGGGCUGCUUAAAAUGGCGGUCGCUCAAGUGCUGCUGCUGCUGGUGCCAACAAAGCCCAGCCCCCUUCCUCCUCUAGGCAGGGCAGGGAGAAGCCAGGUGGAGGGAGGGAGGGAGGAGGCGCUGCCGCCGCUGUGUGAGGGAGAGGGAGGGAGAGGGAGGGAGAGGGAAAGAGCAUGUGCUCUGGCGAUUCCCAGAGUGUCCGUGGGCUGGAUCCAGAAGGCAGUUGGGCCUAAUCCAGCCCGCGGGCCUUAGUUUGCUGACCCAUGUGCUUCAGGAUAUAUGCCAUCCAAGUGAAGGCAGAAUUAGGAAAGUUGUGACCUGGCUGCCUGAAAUAUAUCCCCCUAUAGGAACCUGCCUAGGUGCUAAAAUGCUCAAGUGAGCACUAUCUCUUGGUCCCAUCAACAUCAGAAGCCUGGUUGGUGGUGACACAAGAGCGAGCCUUUUUUGUAGCUGCUUCCAUACUGUGAAAUUCCGUCCCAAGGGAGGUGAGAUUGUCUUCCUCCUCGCUCUCUUUCCACCAAAAGGCUCAGACCUUCCUAUUUUAGAUAGGCCUUUAGAAACCAAGGAGCAAACAAUGCUGACCACUGGGCUGCUGUCAGGGCAAAUUGCACUUUAACUGCUGAUUUAAAAUGUGUGGUGAUGCAUUUUGAUUAUUAUUUUCACUAGUUCGCUUUAUUCCUCUGAAUUUUGUAAUUGAUGUUUUGAACUGUUGCAAGCCUCCCUGAACCCCAGGAUAUAAAUAUAGUAACAAUAUAAAAUAAAUGAAUGAAUAAGCAGUACUGUGUGUAGCUGGAGAGUCCUUUGCCACUCUCUUACCCACAGGUAGCCAUUGUAGUGACAGAUGGGCGCCCCCAGGAUGGGGUGAAGGAUGUGUCAGCGAGGGCCCGAGCUCUUGGGAUUGAAAUUUUUGCCAUUGGCGUGGGCCGUGUGGACAUGCACACUUUGCGGCAGAUGGCCAGCCCACCUCUGGAUGAACAUGUGGAUUAUGUGGAGAGCUACAGUGUCAUUGAGAAGCUGACCAAGAAGUUUCAGGAGGCAUUCUGCGGUAAGUUGUUAAGGAAGUCUUGUGAUGCGAAAUAAGAGGUUGCAUCCAACAUUAGUCAGAGCAGACCCAUUAAAUUAAAGGGCACAACUUAUGGAACUUACAUGUGGUGGACCUGUAAAAGGGUAAAAGAGUAUUGGGAAAUAAUUCAUAAUGAAUUGAAAAAAAUGUUUUUAAAAAAACAUAAAACCAGAGUCAUUUUUGUUGGGGAUAAAUCAGACGGAAAUUCCCGGGUGUCAGAAAAUGUUAUUUAUGUAUGCUACUACUGCAGCCCAUGUUUUAUUAGCCCCAAAAUGGAAAAUGAGCUAGAUCCCAACUAAAGAAGAAUGGCAACUUGAACUGAUGGAAUAUGUUCAACUUGCAGACCUAACAUAUAGAAUAAGAGAACAAGAAGAACAUAUGUUUAAAGAAGAUUGGAAAAUGUUUAUUGAAUAUAUGUGAGAAAAUUGUGCACACUUGAAAACGUUGGCAGCAUUAAGAUAAAUUCAACAGUGUAAAUAAGUUUUGAUGGAUGCAAUAAUGGAAUAUUGAAUGCUUUAGUUUAUGUAAAACAUGCAGGGAUUUAUGUUAUGCAAAAUAUACCAUGGAAAGAGAAGAAGGGAAGUCAUUGAUAUUUUAAGGUUGUUAAAUAUUUUUAAAUUGUAAAACAGAAAAUUUAAUUUUAUAUAUAUAUAUAUAUAUAUAUAUAUAUAUAUAUAUAUAUAUGAAAUUAAAGGGCACAACUAACUUAGGAAAAUUAAUUUCCAUGGGUCUACUCUAAUUAGAACUUGGUUGGAUACAACCCAAGGGCCGGAGACUGUUCUUACCCUCAGCGCAAGAAGCAAAAUUGUACAUUGGAAAUUACCAAGCAAAAGAAACUCAUGUAAUCCACUUUUGGCACAAGGCUUCACAAAGCAUGUAUUUUGGACCACAACUCCCAUCAGUCUUCACCAGCAUGGCCAAUAGUCAUGGGUGAUGGGAGUUGUGGUCCAAAACAUCUGGAGGGUGCAGCAGCACAAGUCAUUUUUCCAUUGUAGGCAAAAUGCCUCAACACCACCCCAACAAUGAUGCCAUCCCACUUCAGAUCCAGAUCCUCCCACCUCCUCUCUGACCCCUUUCUCGCACUCAUGCUGCUGCCAGCCCCAUCAGCACAACUGUACCCUCAGGGCCACCUGUGUCCGUGCAAUCAAAAUAGUGGAUGUAAGUGUUCCAACGCCUUUGGUUUCUUAGAAUUCCUGAGCUACAUCGAGUACUUUCCGCCAGUAUAAAUAUAUGUUUUAACAUUGCAUGUUAUUACUUUGCAGCUGUGUCAGACCUGUGUGCCACUGGAGACCACGAUUGCCAGCAGAUCUGUGUCAGUACAGGGGCUUCUUAUACCUGUGCAUGUAAAGAGGGGUUCACGCUUAACACUGAUGGAAAAACCUGCAGUGGUAAAUAAUGUUGUUUUCAGCUUGGUAGAAUGGGCCAAUGUUUUGAAUGCAUGCAAAUUUCAACAUUCAGAAAGCAUGCCAUCUUCCUGAUCUUAAUCUCAAGUUUGCAAGCAUACACAUGACACGAAAUAUGCAGGCUGUUUAAUUGCUCUUCAUAUCCCUCCUCGCCACUGCUUGAGGGGUUCAUCUAGAACCGUGGUUUUGGUCACCAGCGGUUGUAGAUGACGUGCUUUAUGAAGGGUGUUGCAGAGCAGGGAUGGGGCACCUGUGGUCCUCCAGAUGUUGUUGGAAUCCCAUCUCCCAUCUUCCCAAACAAGCAUGGCCACUCUCUAGGAAUGAUGGAAGUUGUAGUCUAACAAAAUCUGAAGAGCCACAAAUGCUCCAUCUUUACUGAGGACAAAUGAGAAUGAGUUCAGAGGAGGGCAAUGAAGAUGGUCAGGAAUAUGGAAAACAAGUCAUAUGAGGAAAGGUUGAAAGAAUUGGGUAGUUUUAGGCUGGAGAAGAGAAGGCCACAGGGGAACCUGUUAGUACUCUUCUAAUACCUAAAGAGUUUUUGCAUAGAAGAAGGCAAAGAUUUGCUCUCUGCAGACCACAAGGGAACGACUAGAUCUAAUAGGCUUAAGUUAAAAACGAGGGAGAAAUUAAAUUUUGUUUGCAUUUUCGUGAGAGACUAAUUAACUCACAUUUUGAAAUUUACACUUAUCCAAAAGUUGCGCUACAAUUCACCAAUGUAUAAAAAAGUGCAUUGUAUCAGGGAAAAGUGCUGGGAACACAAUCUUGCAGGGGGGAAAGAUGCUCUUAGUGAACCUUAGAGGUAGUCCAGAUAUUUUGGACUCCAACUCCCAUCAGUCCCAGCCUGCAUGGCCAAGAUUAGACAUGAUGGGAGUUGUAGUCUCAGAGAGUCUGGAGAGCACUACAUGUGCUGCCUCUGCACUAAAGACUCAUGAGCUGCAUAUUCUUGCAAUAUUCUCCCUCCAUGAGCACAUUGUGACACUUGUCCAAGAACCAGGUCCUUUCCUCUAGUUUAGAUGACUUACAUUGUUUCUGUGUCUCUUAAACCACCAUUUCCUUGGACUUCCAUGUGCCAGGAGAGUCAUAAGUGGGGUGGAUUAGGGGCCAUAUUUGCAAUGAGGUGAUACAAGCAGCUCAUUCUCACAGGGCCAUGGGCCUGCUGCUGCAUGAAUGCUUUGUCCAGGGCACUCCCUGCAACACCUCCUUUCCCCCUCCACAAGCAUAACUACAUUGCUUGCGUCACUUCUGGAAUCCUUAAGUAACCUUCUCCAAUGGCCUCCAAAGAGCUGUAAAAGCAACAAGGAGUAUAGAUCGCCCAGUUUAAAACUUUGCACUAACUUCCCCUGGCAGAACAAGGUGACCACUGAAAUGUAUAACUCCUUGAGUAAACUUUAGAAAAACCUAGCCAGUGGCUGAACUAGGAAUAGUAUCCAAUAGCUGAAACACAACCAACUCAGUUUUGGGAAGCUGGGAUUUGGGAAGGUUCCAUAACACAAAAGAGAGAGAAGUAGACUGGAUCAAUAUCUAACAUUUCGAACGCAUGCCAGUCGAAAUGACUUUCCCUCAUUUCCUUUCUGAGAAUUAGUACUUUCAAGAGCUGAUGCUUACAUAGCCUUUGAGUCUCUCUUGUGCUUUGUAUCUCAUUUUCAAGAGACCGGAGAGGGUCAAACAAGGUGAGAUGUAAAUUAUGGACACAGCUUCUCCCUGAUCCAGAUUGGAGCUCUGACAUAGCGUUGUAUUAUACGGAUGGCUUUAACACUGCACCUGGCCCAAGGUCCUGUCUGAAUCACACUUUAUCUCUGUGCCUGCUGUUUGCAUUAGAAUGUAAGCUCCCAUUUGCCCAAAUGGAAGGUUUGGUCUAGUACAAACAAGGGCCCUGCCCCCCCAUCUAGCUUGGGAUUGCAACAGAGGGCAAAGGGUUAAAGCCUCACUGCAACCCGUAUGGAUUAGGACCUGCUUGCUUGCUGUUUACCAUGGAAAUCGAUCAUACUGGCCUAAGUUACAGACUCUCCUAAUGUCCCUGUUUUCCAGGGACAGUCCCAGAUUAACAGAAGCUGUCCCAGUUUCUGAUUUGAUCCCAGAAUGUCCCACUUUUCCUUAGGACGUCCCUAUUUUCAUUGGAGAAAUGUUGGAGGGGAUGGAAUAGGAUUUCCCUACUCUCAUUGGAGAAAUGCUGAAGGGUAGGAACUUAACCCACUGAGCUUGAUGGAACUAUAUGGGACCGGGAACCUGUGGCCCUUCAGAUGUUGAUGGAUUCCAGAUCCCAUCAUCUCUGACCAUGUUACAUCUGAAGGACAACUGUUUCCUUAUAUCUGGAAUGAAGAACGUUGACUUAACCAGCCAUGUAUGUUUGCUAAAUUCAGCCUUUAAAACAGGGAUGGGGAACAUCAGGCCCCAGGGUUAUAUUCAGCCCCCCCCCCCCCCGUAUCUGGCCCUUGAGACUCUCCCCAGGCCACAUACCCUUCAGAGACACAGUCCCUCACCAACCCCACCAUGCAACUACCUUGAGUGUUUUUGCCUGGUUGCGAAUGCAUUCUGGAACUCUGGGAACACUUCUUGCUUACAUGGAUGGAGUAUACAGAUGGCUGUGUGAGCUCCUGUAGAAACUAAGGCUGUGAAACUGGUCUAGCUGAAUCCUGGAUCCUGAACUGAUUUGGGCCAAUCUGAGUUGACCUGAGGUUCAGCUGGAAUGAACCCAGAGCAAGAAAAGAAUGUGGUCUUCAUGACUGAAAAGGGUCCCCCCCCAUUUUAAAGAGUGUGUUUCUUUAAAUGAAAAAGAUGACUAGCUCCAGCUUUCUGGUCCCCCCCCCAACUUCUCUUCUCCCCAGCCUGCAGUGGAGGAGGCGCCACAGACCUCGUCUUCCUGAUUGAUGGGUCAAAGAGUGUGAGGCCAGAGAACUUUGAGCUGGUGAAGAGGUUCAUCAACCAGAUAGUGGAUUCCCUAGAUGUGUCGGACAGGAAUGCACAUGUGGGCCUGGUCCAGUAUUCUAGUUCAGUAAGGCAGGAAUUUCCACUGGGGCAAUACAAGAACAAGAAGGACAUCAAAGCAGCAGUGAGAAGGAUGUCUUACAUGGAGAAAGGCACCAUGACUGGCCAAGCUUUGAAAUUCCUAGUGGACAGUUCCUUUGCUAUCUCCAGUGGUGCAAGGCCUGGAGUCCCCAAGGUAGCAAUUGUCUUCACUGAUGGCCGGUCACAAGAUUACAUCAAUGAUGCUGCCAAGAAAGCCAAAGAACUAGGUAGGUUUUCAUAAUUUAGUACCACUGUUUUGCAAUGGCCUGAUUAAGAUAUAAUUGCCUGUAUCCAACAUUAGUCAUACUUGGAGCAGACACACUGAAAUGAAAGGACAUGACUAACCUAGGUCCAUUCAUUUCAAUGAGUCUCCUCUGAAUAUGUCUAAUGUUGGAUACAACCCAAUGAUCUCAGCCUCAUAAACCAUGGUUUCGUAGACCAAGAAUGAGUGUUAUACAUGUGUGCUCACUUUCCCCUUCCCUCCCUUAUCUCUUAUGUACCAGUUUGCAAGACUUUCAAGUUUAUUAAAUCAGAGUUUCCCACUGUAUCCAAAUCAGAAAACUGUAGUUUCCUAACUAGGAAAUGCAACCAGGGUUAUAUUCUUUGUUUAUAUUUAUAAACAAAGAUUAAACCACAGUGUGGUGCAUUAAAGACUGAAUGCUAAACCAUAGUUUAAGGCUACAUGAAGGAAACAAAUUAAGAGUCAGGGUCAUACAUUCUGACCUCCUCUCCCCACUUUGCUUUGAGGAGAAUAGAAGUGUGUGUGUUUCCUGGCUUAAAGUAUCCAGGAAGGUUUUUCGGUUAGAUUUGAACUGGGGAAACUGGUUAGUUCAAGCUGUGGUUUGUUAACAAGGCAGGAUAAAAACCUGCCUCUAGUUCACACAUAACUAGAAACUCUGCUUAGUUUAAACCAGGACACAGAUAUUUCUGAUCCCUUCUUUGUGUCAGAGGAGGAGAGCACAGCAUGUGAGUCCACAGCUCAUGUUUGCUCAUUCACAUAGCACUAAACCAUAGUUUACUGUUGUGUUCCUCAGCCUGGCAUAAAAGUCUUGGUUGUUUUUUUACAAAGCAGAUCAGCAGUUUAGCAAUUCUUGCUUGUUUCAGGUUACAAGAUGUUCGCUGUUGGAGUAGGCAAUGCUGUUGAAGACGAACUUAAAGAAAUUGCCUCAGAUCCGGUGGGAGAGCAUUACUUCUACACUGCCGAUUUCAGAACCAUCAAUCAAAUUGGAAAGAAACUACAAAGUAAAAUCUGUGUUGGUAAGGAAGGUCAUGCCUGGUAUGUUUACAGCAUAAUCCUCUAACCCUGGCUACCCUGGCAAAUAAAUGUGCAACACGAGGCACAAUGACUACUAUGGCAGUACAGCCUAGCGACACCACAAACCCAUACAGUCCAUUGGCAGGGGGCAGUAUGAGCAGCAAGGGAGGUUCCUCUGACUCAGCCUUCCCCUUUAUGCUGCCCUCCAAAUGCUUUGGACUACAACUCCUAUAAUCCCUGAGCAUUGCUCACGUUGGCUGAGGGUGAUGGGAGUUGUAGUCCAAACCAUCUGGGGGGGGGCAGCAGCAGGUUGGAGAAGACUGAUCUAACACAACCCCUUUGUCCAAGAAAAAAUGAUGGAGGAACAGAGUCAACACACACACACACACACACACACACACACCUUGGAUAUAUACUGCUUUACUGGCAAGAAAUUCAGGGCAGUACAUGUGUCUUUAACCAUUAUCCCAAAACCUCUGUGAGCUUUCUGGUGAUAAGAGCUGUUUGAUAGUGGAACGGACUCCCUCAGAAGGUGGUGGACUCUUCUUCCUUGGAGGUUUUUAGCACAGGUUAGAUGGCCAACUGUCUUGGAUGCUUUAGUUGAGAUUCCUGCAUUGGGUUCCCUUCCAAUUCUAUGAUUCUAAGUGCUUCCACUGAUGUCCAGCUAGGAGAAUCUAGCCAGUGUAUGAUUCAUUGAAUGGCUUUGUUUCCUCUUCCUCAGAAGAAGAUCCAUGUGAAUGUGAAGCCAUUGUGAAGUUCCAGACAAAGGUAGACAACCUCAUAAAGGCACUGACACGGAAACAUAUCCUUUGA